AAUAAUUUAUUCAUUUAUUGUAUAUAUAAUAAUGUAUGUGUGCAUACGUGCAUGCAUAAAAUCUUUUCAGGGUAUUUUCAAGAUCUUUUCAUUGCAGUGAAUCAAUUUAAUCUCUUUUCCAGUAUGAAUUAUUAAAUAAGUCAUGUACAAAACGUUUGGGUGCUUAAAAAGCCAUUUAAAUACUGUACAAAUGUCCCGAGGAUGCCUGGCUUUUAUUAUAAGGCGAGGCGGAUGACGGACAGCUGAUGCGGCCAAUGAAAGACGCGACGUCCAUUCGACGGCCAAUCGCCGACUCGCGGGGGCGGGGCUAGCCCGCCGUUUUAUCCGCACUCUCGCCAAGCAGGAGGAGAAUCCCAAAAAUGACAUCCAGCAGCUUUCCAGAGGAAAACCGCGGCGUUUAGAGACGCUCUCCCGAAGUUUCCCUCCUCACACGGUCACGGAUUACAGCUCGUACUCCAGAUAUGUAGCCAUCAGACUUCGGAAAUGCGUGUUUGACACAGAAGGACAGUUUUUUUCCCUCACAACUGCUAUUUACGCGCCUCCGAUUCCAAACUCCGGAUCCUUCGGCUCCAAACCGGACAUGUGCGAUUUGAUGCCAGCGGCUCAACCGGCCGAAAAAAUCGGGAAAAUGAAGAAAUUGAGAAGAACUUUGUCCGAGAGCUUCAGUCGCAUCGCCUUCAAGAAAGAAGACAGCGGCUUUGACGAGGUGAGAGAAAGCACUUUUCUGGUCCUGCCAGUGUUUGCCGAUGCGGUUAACGCAAGCGCCCUGACACGGGGCCCGGAGCAGUGCAUGCUGGGAUGUGUUGUUUGGGUGUGUGUGUCUCUGGGGGGAUCGUGUCAGCGGCGAUCAUCACAGAUAUCAGUAUCAUUGGGUUGGUUCUCCAGUGACCGCACAUGGUUUUUAUGAGCUCUUGCGCACAUUACUCGGGGAUUAUUGAGAUUUAUUAUUUCAAGGACAUUUGAAAUGUCAUUAUGCAGGUUUCCUGUUUUGAGAAGACGCGCUUUAAAACCAAAUGCAAUCAAAUUAAUAUUUUUUCAUAU